UUGUAAAGUUGCAUUUUCCUGCUGUAGCCUCUCCUAUCUUUACCUUUGGAGCAAGCAGAGCAGUUACCGCAGCAGGUCAGAUCCAAACUUUGCUAUGAGAAGCAGGAUGAAAGUUAUGAUGCUGCUGCUGCCUCUGGUUGCAUUUGUUUGUGUCUCAAAUGCUCUCAGCAGCGACAGCAGCAAUGACAGCAAGAAGCAGCAGCCCAACAUCUGGGAUGACACCAUCAGAUUCAACACCAAGACAAAGGACUCAUGCACCAUGGCGGUGUCUGUAGCAGGAAACUUUACUCGUGUGCGUGUGUCCUGCAGAGCCCCAAGCCAGACUACAGGACGGUCCUACUACUGCGACUUCCAGGGAAAACCAACCCAAUGCCGAGCCUACAACAACAAUCCUCGCCACUACUUUACCCAGAUGAUGUGGGAGCUGCGGAAACUGAAAAACUCCUGCCAGGGAGCCAAGAUCUACCGACCACAUAUGUGCAGGAAAUAUUCUGAUGAGGCUCAAAUGACUUUUCUAAACUCAUGGCCAAAGACUUCAGCUCCCAAGCCUUCAAAGCCCGCCCAGGAGCAAAAUAAGCCAGCAGAACCAACACAAAUCAAACCCACUAUGAAGCCUCAAAAAGGUAAACCCCAGCUGGGCAAGGGCUCCCAAAGCAAGAAAAGCACCCUCAAGCCUGUGAAGACCACUACGCUCCCCACAGAGGAACCUGAAUCUAAGGUGUCACGCCUUGCUACAGAGUACUGCUGGAAGAGCUUCCACGGCCUCUGCAGCUACGUCAUCGGCUGGUUCCAAAACUGAGAUGCAUUUAGGUUGGAAUUACAAACACCACAGCAAAGCCUCCAGACUUUAAACUCUCUGGAAUCUGUACAAAACUACCUGGAAAUAUUUCCCUAAUAAGAGAGGGCUGACUCCUAAUCUUUCCAAGAAAUAUUAGACUAAGUGAUAUGCAUUUAGUUUUUAAACAUGUAACAAAAAUCACAGAGAGGCAAAGAAAGAACCUUAUAAUGAUGUGUUUCUGUGUGUGAACGAUCUAAAAGUUGUACAACAUGAAAUGUUUCAGCGGCAUGUAUUCCAAGGAAGAGAAUAAAUUCAAGAAUGGUGACCUCUCAUCUCCUGUGUUCCUCUGCUGCAUGUUCUUAGACUCCACAUCUCAAAGAAGGCUUUGUGUCCGUCACCACGAGCUGUAAAAACAUGUCUGCAGCCGGCCACAGGAAGUUGUUAGCUAGGCAGACACAUUCAUUCAGAGAAGGUGUCUGAGCAGAGCAAAACACUUCUCUGUGAGAGCAAAUGAAUGAAGCCCAGAAGAGCCGCUUUGCAGGAACAGAAGAGGUCUGUGUGGAUGCUUCAGACCUGACAGAUGUGGCUGUUGAUAAACACAUGCACACACAGGCGCCUCUGUGGUAUGGUACGGUUACAGCAGUGAAACCAUUAGGAUAUAUGCAGGUAUGUUAUAAUAAAUAACAGAAAUAAAUAUCAAAAA